AUGUCCCCCAACGUGUCUCUCUCGUUGUUUCUCUCUUUGCUGUUUCUUCAGGGAUCACAAGGGCUGAUAUUCGGGAGACGCGAUGACUCAAGUUCUUCUGAGAUCCGCCUUCCGUUCCUGAACAUUGGGGUCGGCUCCCAUGAAAACCAUGGGCACAACCAACAACAGAACCACUUGUCUGGACCUGACGGCCUGAACCCAAAGUAUUUCUGCCAAGGUCCCUGUAAAGACGGAUGGGUCUCCUAUCAUGGGUAUUGUCACUUGUACGUGGCCUGGGAACUCAGCUGGAAUGAUGCCGAGAAACACUGUCAGACCCUCUUCGGCCGGGCCCACCUCACCAGCAUCAUGAGCGAGGAGCACAACCAAUUCCUCACCGCUCUGGCCCGUUCCAAAGGAUUUCUGGGUAACCAGCUCUGGACCGGGGCCAACUCACAAAAGGGAUCCAACGCUUGGGCCGAUGGAUCAUCAUUCAACUUUCUCAAGUUACCAAAAUUCAAUUUGUUGGGACUUUUUGGACGUAACAAGUGCUUGAGCCUGAGCAUCGGAGGUGGAAACUUCUGGGAUCAACUCAACUGCGUUCAGAGGCUUCACUUCAUCUGUAUGUACAAACCGAGCCAACUGUGAGGGGGAGUAUGCCGCCAUAGACGGACACCAACCAUGACACCGGCAGCGCAAAUGUGACACCGACCAAGACACCGACCCAACCAAUCAGUCAGCAGCUUAUAGGGCCAUUUCAGCACAUUGUACCUGCCCAUGAGGAUGAAGAGGAGAAUUUUUUUUCCCCUUUUUUAAAAGAAACAAAAUUCUCCAAAUAUUAAAAA